AUGGCUGCAAAAGAUGGAGCAUCUGGGGAGACUAUCGAGGAUGUCAGCCUUGAAGGAAGCCCUGGUGGUCAAGAUAUCAUGAAAGCUGAGGUCACUGACCAUCCUCCUCCCCAACUACUUCGUCGUCUCGACAAUCGCCAAAUCCAGAUUAUGGCCGUUGGUGGCUCUAUCGGAACUGCUCUGUUUGUCAGUAUCGGUGGUGGUCUUGCCAGGAGUGGCCCUCUCAGUCUGCUUCUUGGAUACGCUAUUUACUCUGCUAUUCUUGCUUGUGUUAGCAAUGGAUUGGCUGAGAUGACUAUUCUGUACCCCGUCCCUGGUGGAUUCAUUCGACUGGCCGGAAAAUGGGUUGACGAUGCCUUUGGGUUCAUGGCUGGAUGGAACUUCUUCUUUUAUGAAGCACUUUCUGUGCCGUUCGAGAUUACCGCCCUCAUAAUGGUACUUCGAUUCUGGAGAGAUGAUAUCCCAGCAGUAGCUGUUUGUUGUGCAUGCAUUGCCGCAUAUGCCGCACUGAGCAUUUUUGCGGUCAAGAUCUAUGGAGAGGCUGAGUUCUGGGGCUCUGGUGGCAAGGUGAUCUUGAUCACUUUGCUUUUCACUUUUACUUUCAUCACCAUGAUCGGUGGCAAUCCCCAGCACAAUGCCUACGGAUUCCAGUACUGGAAUAAUCCUGGACCUAUGGCCGAAUAUCUACACACCGGAUCUUUGGGGAGGUUUGAAGGCCUUCUAUCUGCGCUUUGGACCGCUAGCUUUACAAUCGCUGGGCCAGAGUAUGUGAAUCUGAUUGCAGCCGAAGCGAAACGCCCCCGGGUCUAUAUCAAGACGGCUUUCAAGGUUGUUUACUGGCGAUUCAUUUUCUUCUACAUGGUUGGCGCUGUCUGUGUCGGCGUUCUUGUCGCCUACAAUGACCCAACCCUAAUUUCCGUGUUUAUCACGGGAGAAAGUGUCAGCACGGCAGCGGCAACGCCAUUCAUCAUCGCAAUGCAGAAUAUGAAAGUCGAGGCUUUGCCACACCUAAUCAACGCUCUACUGGUGACAACAAUCUUCUCAGCUGGCAAUACCUAUAUGUACUGUUCCAGUCGCAGUCUAUACGGCCUGGCUCUAGAUGGAAGAGCACCGGCAGUUCUUCAGAAAUGCACCAAGAAGGGAGUGCCAAUCUACUGCGUCUUUGUGGUGAUGCUGUUCCCCCUACUCUCGCUACUCUCUCUCAGCAACGGGUCUUCCGUGGCAUUGACUUGGCUGACGAGUCUCAUUACUGCCGGCGCUUUGAUUGAUUACAUUGUCAUUUGCGUGACAUAUCUCUUCUUCUACCGGGCCUGCAAAGCACAAGGUGUCGAUCGAAAGUCUUUCCCGUACUAUGGACGCUUCCAACCAUACACUACUUGGAUCGGUCUUAUUGGCGAAUGCUUCAUUCUCGUCUUCUAUGGAUAUUCCAGCUUCACACCGUGGGACGUGACCAACUUCUUCACGCACUACGCGAUGGUCAUCGUAGCACUUGUGUUCUACCUUUACUGGAAGAUCUUCAAGCGUACCAAGGUGGUCAAGCCUAUGGAUGCCGAUCUGAUUUGGGAAAGACCUGCGAUCGAUGCGUAUGAGGAUGCACUGGAGGAACCACCAAGCAAUUUCUGGAGGGAACUACUUGACAUGGUUCGGUGGAAGAAGGGCUCAAAGCAGGGACAGGGCUCGGAGACCGAUAUUGAGCUAUAG